CCCUUGAGUUGUCGUGGCCUUUUCGUUAAGUCGUCAGCAGAAACGCAGCCCUGGUCUUUUACAGUCCGCUCAUUCUCAGUGACCAUCGUUUUGCUCAGGUCUUACCUUUGAAGUUUCUGCAAAAAUCUUAAGACAACAUGCCUGGACCCGCAGCAAGCGCAUCAAGUGUCGGCGCCUCCGGCCGUUCCCCGAGCAAGACGGUGGCCCCGAGAUCAGCGGGAUCCACAGUCAGACAGAGGAAAGCGACUGGCAGCGGUACACGGUCUGCAGGCAGAGCUACAGCAUCAGCAGGUACAGGUGGCAUGUGGCGCUUCUACACCGAGGACUCGCCCGGACUCAAAGUUGGCCCAGUACCAGUGCUUGUAAUGAGUCUGCUGUUCAUCGCUUCCGUCUUCAUGCUACACAUCUGGGGGAAGUACACCCGUUCCUAAACCCCCUGACAUUUGAACUCUGACCUCCAUAAGAUGAUAAAAAAAAAAAAUCAGUGAUUAUGAAUUAAGCCAUUGGACCCGGACCAAACUCCGCCCCCUUAAACAGGAAAUCCUGGUUCACGUGUUUUCAUUUCAGAAGAGUAAACAAGGUUUUCUUCCCUGCCACAUCUUUUCUUUUAUUCUUCUUUUUUUUAAAUCUCAAACAGAACAUGUACAUUUUUUUUGCUAAACUUUGUACAAACGCUUGUGUAAACUUGUACAAUAAUAAAAAC